GCGCGGGAGGGGAGGGACGCGAGAAGCUGUGACGCAGCAGAAUGGGGCGGCUGUGCUUCGGCGUGCUGGUGCUGCUGCUGGCGGCCGGAACAUCUGCGGACGACACAAUGUUCGGCGUCGGGGGCUCCAGCUGGUCCAGCGGGGGUGGCAGCAGCAGCUCCAGCAGCAGCAGCAGUAGCAGCAGCACUGGAGGGGUUAGCACCUCGUCCAUCAGCCAAUCGCAGCCGGGCGGCCAGGUCAGCCUUCAGUGCUACGUGCCGCCGUCCGGACAAGUCGUGUGGUACAAGCAGGAGGGUGGCCGAAAACGCGAGCUGGCGCGGGGUGCCCAGCUGACAGUCAACGAGCCUCGGUACCACCUCAACGUGAACGGUGGAGCCUACGUGAUGAUGAUUCAGCCGACUGAGGAGUCCGACUCGGGCCUGUUCGUGUGCGAGAGCACGGACGCUUCCGGCCGCGCCGCCACGCACCAGUUCACGCUGACGAUCGGGCGUGGCAAUGGCGCGGCCGGCCACGCCGCGUCUGCCGCCGCCGCCGGCUUCAUGGGCAUGAUGAUGUUCAUGUAGAGUGCGGCGGGAGCCGGCUGGGCAGAUGUCCGGUGUUGCGAUCACCAGCAGCGCUGCUACCUGCGUGCGGCGGUGCGUGCGCGUGCUGUGCUUACAUUUCCAAAUGACCUUUCUAAGCGAGCUUGUUUUCUCUGGCGUCAGUGCACUGCUGUAGCUUUAGCAACACGCCUACUUAAUGGGAGUGGUUUAAACGGUGCCAAAGACGUGGCAUGAAAUGUGGACGUGUGGACUAGCGAAGUUUUGAUCUUUGGGAGAACGUGACAGUGUAUUGUGCUAUAGGAACAGAGUUGCAUAAUUGUAUCUAUAUUCUUGUUCUGUCUCAAGCUCCGAUCAGCCGAUAUGGCUGAGCUAGACCUUCUCCCGUCGGCUUCGGUUUGGUUUUUGCUGGUUAUGUCCCAGGAGCGAUCUUCUUCAGUGUUAGGGUUUAGCGGUGGAGUGCACUUAAGCUGUGUUGAUACCGUGUCUGGAUGUUUGAUCUUAUGACCUGAUGAUGGUGUGAGCCGAAAAUUUUCACUCCCACGGCCAAGUUUUGGAAAAAUAGAACAUUGACAGAUGAUGCG